GGUUGGGUAUAGGUUAUCAGUUCACACUCUUGCCUGUGCCUGUGGUACAUACAGUAUCAUAUACUGAGGCAAGUGUGUUACCUUAUUAGUAUACAUGAGUUGUGUUUGGGAGGAAUAUUAGUAGACAUGAGACCAAUGCAGGAGAACAUCAAGGUGCUUUACUUUGCAAACAAAUGUCUGGAGCCAUAUGUAAUGAUCAUCACAGGGAACGAUUCAGUAAAGCCUCGAUGGAGCGUGUGCAGCUCAGAGGAGGGUAACCGCUCUGAGGGCGAGGAGCCUGAGGACAUACUUCCUGUUCUCCGAAACCACAGCCAGCUCCUCAACGACCAACACAUCGAGAGUCUAGCCAAUCACAUACCAGCAAGGACACAGGGGUAUCCAUGGAACCUGGUCUACAGCACAGCCAUUCAUGGCACCAGCCUGAAGACUCUGUACAGGCAAAUGGCCCACAUCGACAGUCCUGUGCUUCUGGUCAUCAAGGACAUGGAAAAAAAGGUGUUUGGUGCCUUCUCCUCCCAUCCCUUCAGAGUGAGUGACUGUUGCUACGGAACAGGAGAGACUUUUGUCUACAGCUUCGACCCUGCAUUUAAGGCCUACAGGUGGAGUGGUGAGAACUCUUACUUCAUCAGGGGCCAUAUGGACUCUCUACAGAUUGGUGGAGGAGGGGGGCUUUUUGGCCUGUGGCUGGAUGCUGAUCUGUACAACGGUGCCAGCUUCCCAUGUCACACCUUCAACAACCAGCCCCUGUCCACCCAGCAAGACUUCACAGUUCAGGACCUGGAAGUCUGGACUGUCCAGUAAACAGAGCGAGACGCUGAGAGACUCAGAAGCGGAAAAGAGAGAGAGAAAAAAGCCAGAGCCAGGACUAUCUAUGGUUUACAAGAUGGCUUUACUUGUGUUCAGUGAGGUUUAGCCUGUGUUCAAGCUGUUAAAGUACAGUAAGCAUAAUAUAGUAAGCUUGGUUUGUCCAAUGACUGUAUAUAUGAAUGGACAACGCAAUCAAUCACGUGACACCAGUCAUUCCUAUGUGAAAACUCAAUAGUGCAUUUGAAGCCAAGGAAGUCCAUUAAGAUGGCGUCUCAUGUGGGAGAUUUACGUAGGCAUUACAUGCUAGUUUGAGCUACUCCAGGAUGUGACGUUGCAGGCUAGCUCAGUGCUGCCCCCUCUCAUUGAGUAUUUCAUGUUAAAGGCAGAAUGGGGCAUGCUGCCAUUAGCUACUCAAUUAUGAUAGUAACUUCUUCUGUGUGCGAUUUUAAAGUAAUCGGUUCAAGCACAUACAUCUGGGGUAAUAAGACAUUUUUGUUUUUAUUUGUUAUUAUAUUUAUACGAAGAUUGACCAUGAAGAUUGCCAUCUUCCCAUUCACUGUACUAGGGAUCCUGUGUUUGGCAAAUAAUGCCUGCAGUACUGUGGUUGGCCUUGAAUGAGAGAGGGCAGUCAUUCACCCCUGGGUUUGUCACGUGUAAAACCUGGUCUAGUGACUUUUAGGCUGGUUUUACCUGUUUUACCAGCGCGUAACCUAUUAUACCAGCAUUAACUCAGGUUGUAUCUGUGUUUUGCGUGGUUAACUGAGGACUGUAUGGUGAGAGAUAAACAGGCUGUUUUACAGUGUCCUACUGUUUGCUGCUCAAUACCUGCUACUGAACAAGCUCUGUCCAAUAUGAGCAUUACAACUGGUUCUAGACAUCUAAGCUGUAAACCCUCCAUCAAUCCUUUGUUAUGGACAGCAUUUACAAACCAAAGCCCAUUUUAGAGUAAGAUCCUAUUUUCAUUACAAUUUCCUCAUAAGCUUUAAACUUUAUAGAGGCUAAGAUGAACACACUACUGUACUACCCAACUAUUUUGUAUUUAUUUCUGUGUCUGUGUUACAAGGGUACAACAUCAGAUGCCCCGUAGGGAUUCCUCACACACACAACACUCAGGUCUAGAAACAGCCACGGCAGAGUACUGUCUCUUAGAGCUGCUAAAAGUGGCCUCUAAUGGUUUGUACUAAAGGUAUGGGUUUAAAUCCAUGUUAAAUGUUUUCUUACAUUUCUAAAAGAGAAUAAUGAAAUUUGUUUAAAAGAAAGAAACAGGAUAUAAGAUGGACCAAUUGUUUUAGUUUGGCGUCUUUUUCACAUUCCUUUGAUGUUUUUUAUAUUUGCUAUAAAAAAAAUAUAGAUAUAUUUAAAGAAAUGUUAUCCAGGGAAGUAUUUUGUUUUGUUUUUCUGUAUGUGUGCUGUACAGUGCUGGCACUGUUAAUGGCUCCUUAUUAAAAUUCUGCAUUUCCAGGUGACAAAAAAAUGUGCUUUAAACUUGUGUGAUUAUGUGACUGAUUGUUUUAAGAUCAAUAAGCAUCAUUGCCUGAAAUAGUAAUACUAAUAUUAAUCUCAUCAACAACAAUAUAAAAGCAAGAUUCAUGAUAACAAAAGGACAUAUGACAUGUUUUAGAUUUACCCAGUAUUUUGAAUUAUCAUGCUUAGAUGCCCAGUCAUUUCUGUAUGUUGAAAUUAAGCUAGCAAUAGGUAGCCUAAGGCCACAUCAGUAAUCACUCAUUGUAUGAUUGGUUUUGAAAGAAAUUAUAAAAUGUCACAGCAUUAAUUUACAUGUUGCUGUACUGUCAAAGAAAGUAUGUUUGCUUAAUGAAAAUGACACCUGCAAUCUCAAAAGCAAGGCCUACAUAUGAUGCAGCCUAAUGUACUUUCACAACAGCUAAUGGGGAUCCUAAUAAAAUACAAAAUACCUAA